AUGUCGUCCUCUUCCGCAUUGCCAUCCUCGCCUCUGGGCAGGAUUGGCCGCCAGAACCGAAGCGGUGAUCAGGAACGUCUCGACCCUCUCGCCCUCGGCAGAUCCAACAACACAAGCGGCGUAGGUGCCAGUGCGCAUCGAGCCUUCACACCAGCCACUUCAGAGGCUGGCUCGCUCAAUCUCGAGCGUCAACUUCGAGGGCAAUACGAAGACGAUGCGAGCACAGUCAACGGUGACAGCUCUCGACCUAUGGAAGAAGAUACCCCUCGCCGCCCUCGUCCCCGCGCCGCCGUUGACACCCAAGAUAUCCCUCCCGUCGUCGACGAAGUCGGUGAGCGUGUUCGUGAAGGCUUUGCACAAUUCCUCGAGAGCUUUGUCGACCAGCCUCUCUCUGGGUCCCCUGAUCCCAACGGCGAGAAGGUACAGGACCCCGUCUACAUCGACCAGAUCUACGCUCUGCGAGAUUACAACCGCACCACGCUCUUUGUUGACUUCAGCCACAUUCUCCGCCACGACGAAGUUCUGGCACGCGCUAUCAGCGACCAGUACUACCGUUUCAUCCCCUACCUCCGUCGUGCACUGCUCGACCUCGUCAACACAUACGUCCCCAACUACCUCUACCUCAACGCACAUGUCGCUGCCACCGCGUCGUCCGGUCUCAUCCCACGAGACUUUUCCGUCUCGUUCUACAACCUUGGCCUUGUCUCGGGCAUCCGCGACAUGCGCACCGACCGAGUCGGCAAGCUCGUCUCGAUCAACGGUACCGUGACACGAACCAGCGAGGUCCGCCCAGAGCUCCUCUACGGUGCUUUCACCUGCACCGCCUGCCAGGGCACCGUCCGCGAAGUUGAGCAGCAGUUCAAGUACACCGAGCCCGUUAUGUGCCGAAACCCAGUCUGCCAGAACAGAAGAGAAUGGCAACUCAAUGUCGACCAGAGCCGAUUCUGCGAUUGGCAAAAGGUGCGCAUCCAGGAAAACGCAAACGAGAUCCCUACUGGAAGCAUGCCUCGCAGUCUCGACGUCAUUCUGCGCUCCGAGGUCGUGGAGCGCGCAAAGGCCGGUGACAAGUGCAUCUUUACGGGCACGUUCAUCGUUGUGCCUGAUGUGUCGCAGCUCGGCGUGCCUGGUGUCAACGCACAGAUCCAGCGUGAGGCUCAGGGUGGCCGACCGGCCGAGGGUGUCAACGCACAGGGUGUCUCGGGUCUCAAGAGCCUCGGUGUGCGCGACUUGACGUACAAAACGGCUUUCCUCGCGUGCAUGGUGCAGAGCGCCGACGCGAGGGGAGGCAACGACCUUCGAGCCGAUUUCAACGACGAAAACGAGGACGCUGAGGUGUUGAUGGACUCGCUGACCGAGGCAGAGCGGGACGAGCUCGAGGCCAUGGUCAUGUCGGAAGACAUCUACAGCCGACUCGUUCAGUCCAUCGCGCCCACUGUUUACGGCCACGACAUCGUCAAGAAGGGUAUUCUGCUCCAGCUCAUGGGUGGUGUGCACAAGUCGACUCGCGAGGGCAUGCGUCUUCGUGGCGAUAUCAACAUCUGCAUCGUCGGCGAUCCGUCCGUCAGCAAGUCGCAGUUCCUCAAGUACGUCUGUGGCUUCAUGCCUCGUGCCGUCUACACUUCAGGCAAGGCCUCGUCCGCUGCCGGUCUCACAGCUGCCGUGGUGAGAGACGAGGAGACGGGCGAAUUCACCAUCGAAGCCGGAGCGCUGAUGCUCGCAGACAACGGCAUCUGUGCCAUUGACGAGUUUGACAAGAUGGACGUCGCCGAUCAGGUUGCCAUCCACGAAGCGAUGGAACAGCAGACCAUCAGUAUCGCCAAGGCCGGCAUCCAGGCCACGCUCAACGCGCGAACUUCGAUCCUGGCCGCUGCCAACCCGGUCGGUGGUCGCUACAACCGCAAGCAGACAUUGCGAGCCAACGUUGCCAUGUCCGCGCCCAUCAUGUCGCGUUUCGAUCUGUUCUUCGUCGUGCUGGACGAAUGCAACGAGGCGGUGGACAUGAACAUUGCCCAGCACAUUGUCAACGUGCACCGCUUCCGCGAUGCCGCCAUCGACCCGGAGUUCAGCACCGAGGCGAUCCAGCGAUACAUCCGAUACGCUCGCACAUUCCAGCCGAAGCUCACACCCGAGGCGAGCGAUGUGCUGGUCGACAAGUAUCGCCAGCUGCGCCAAGAUGACUCGGGCCCGGGCAAGAACUCGUACCGCAUCACGGUGCGACAGCUGGAGUCGAUGAUUCGUUUGUGCGAGGCGAUUGCGCGCGCCAACUGUCGACACGAGAUCACGCCUGCGUUUGUGCGCGAGGCGUACUCGCUGCUACGACAGUCGAUCAUUCACGUCGAGAAGGACGAUAUCGACUUUGAUGAAGAGGACGAAGAGGAGCAGGCGCGAUUGAAGCAGGAGCGAGAAGGCGCUGCUGGCCGCUCCACUGCGCAACCGUCGUCCUCCCUCGGUGCGAUGGACGAAGACUCGAUGGACCCCUCCAUCCCCGCUCCUACUGCUUCAGCUUCCGCCUCGGCUGCGCUCGCCGCCGUUUCGGGCGAACCAGCCUCCAGCUCGGCCGCGUCCUCAAAACGCAAGAUCCGCAUCACCUUCGAUCGCUACAUGGAGAUCGCCAACCUGGUCGUCCUACGCGUCAACGAGGUGGAGCGCCAGACGAUGCGCGGCAUCAACCGCUCCGAACUGGUCGACUGGUACCUGCUGCAGCGCGAGAACGAGAUCGAGACUGUGGACCAGUUUGAGGAGGAGACCGAGCUGAUCAAGAAGGUGCUCACCAAGUUGGUCAAGGACUCGAUGCUGCUGGAGCUGCGCGAGCAGAUCGAUGAGGAUGGCAACCCGAUCAGCAGCGUCGGCGAGUCGGGUAGCUCGGCAGCGGAUGCCGUGCUCAUGGUUCACCCGCAGGUGGAUAUCGAUAGUAUUGGUGCUACUACCAGCACCGCUUGA